AUGAGUCCCAAACUACAACAGCAGGCAGGCCCUGCUCCAGAAGAGGACUCAUUUAUUAUCACGGACGAACAAAAUCAUUCUCCAGAAUUAAAUCACGGCCACCCGCUAUCUUAUCAGCAUGAAAAAGACCACAAAACGCAUCACAGUAUCCAUCUUGUUAAAUCAUCACACAGUGAAAAAUUAGACAAGAAACAAAAAAAGAAGGAAAAGAAGGAAAAGAAAGAGAAAAAAGAUGACGAUUCUAACGAUGACAUCAAGUCACUUAAUUUUGAAGGUCGUACUGAAGAAGAAAUUGAAAUUCUGAAAAGCCAAAUUAUCCAGCUAAAUCAGAGUUUCUCGUAUUUUACAUUAUAUCGCUACGCUACACGGUUCGAUCUGUUUCUUAUAUUUUCUUCCAAUGUCAGUGCCAUAAUCUCCGGUGCUGCUCUUCCUCUUUUUACUUUAGUCAUGGGUGGAAUCACUAAUGACUUUACUCACUUUUUAACCACCAACCAAGGCGGUGAUGAGUUUCAAAAAAGUGUCAACCAUAAUACCCUUUUUUUUCUUUACCUCAUGAUUGGAAUUCUCGCUUGUUCGACAUUUCAAACUUUUAUUUCAGUUGAACGUGGUGAAGUCCUUACUGCUCGUAUUAGAGAGCAUUAUAUAAAAGCUAUUCUUCGCCAAAAUAUUGCUUAUUUUGACAAAAUUGGCCCCGGUGAAAUAACAAAUAGAAUCACAUCCGAUAUUAACGUUAUUCAAGAGGGUAUCUCAGAAAAGGUAAAUCUGGUUUUUCAAGGAUUUUCCACGUUUUUCUCUGCCCUUAUUAUUAGUUUCAUUCGUUCCUGGCGUCUUUCUCUUAUUCUUUUGUCUACCACAUUUGCAAUCAUCUUUACUAUGGGUGCAUGCUCCUUUUUUCUCAUGAAAUACACAAUUCGUGGCUUAGACGCCUUUUCAAAAGCUUCUUCUGUAGCUGAGGACAUUCUCAGUUCUAUUCGAACAACCACCGCUUUUGGCAUUCAAUCUCGUCUAACAAAGGGAUACACUGAAAGCGUUAACGAAUCAUUUUUGAACGGGGUAAAAGCAGGCAGAGCAAUGAUGGUCAUGGCAGGUGUAUUGUGGGCUAUUGCCUACUGGACUUAUGGUCUCGCAUUUUGGCAGGGAUCCCGGUUUAUUGCCAAUGGCUCAAGUUCUCCAGGUGCCAUGAUCACAGUCACAAUUUCUAUCAUGAUUGGUGCAAUGAGUAUAGGAAAUUUGGCCCCUGCUUUUCAAUCUAUUGGAAAAUCCGUUGGCGCUGCCACAAAAAUUUUUGGAACUAUUGACCGAGUUCCGGUCAUUGACUCUUCCUCAGAAGAGGGCGUAAAGCUGGAUUCUAUUGUUGGAAAAAUUGAAUUUCGUGAUGUUUGCUUUGCCUAUCCCUCACGGCCUAAUGUCACUGUUUUAAAUGGGUUUAAUUUGUUGGUCAAUCCUGGCGAAACAGUUGCUUUGGUGGGUGCAUCAGGGUCUGGUAAAUCCACAAUAAUUGGCAUUUUGGAACGGUUUUACAGCUAUCUAGGCGGCUCUGUCACUCUUGAUGGCAUUGAGCUUUCAACUUUUAAUGUCAAGUGGCUCCGCCGGAACAUCUCUCUUGUUUCCCAAGAACCUACAUUGUUUAGUGUUUCCAUUUUUGAAAAUAUUUGCUACGGUCUUCUUGGAACUGAUUAUGAAAAUUCAUCAGAUGAAGAAAAAUUAAGGCUAGUUGAAGAUGCUUGCAAACAAGCCAAUGCAUGGGAUUUCAUUCAAACUCUUCCUCAAAAACUUGAUACCAAUGUGGGUCAACAGGGAUUCCUACUCUCCGGUGGCCAAAAACAGCGCAUUGCUAUUGCUCGCGCAAUCGUUUCUCAACCAAAAAUUCUCCUCUUAGAUGAAGCUACCUCUGCUUUGGACACAAAGUCAGAAGGUGUGGUGCAAGAAGCUUUAGACCGUGUUUCUACCAACCGCACCACCAUUGUUAUUGCUCAUCGUCUUUCAACUAUUAAAGAUGCAGACAAAAUCGUUGUUUUGUCCUCUGGUACUAUCAUUGAAACUGGAACACACAAUGAGCUUUUGGAAAAAAGAGGUGCUUAUUAUUCUUUAGUUAAAGCACAAGACAUUAAACAAAACGAUUCUCACAAUCAUCAUCAUCAUCCAGGAUCUGCAAAUCACAGUAUUAAAAGUGUCGAUGAAAAAUCUGUUCAGAGUGAAAACGGUGGUAAGCAAGACUUAUCGUUGUCUAAAACAGAAACAGUCAGCUCAGCUCAGUCAAUUUCGGAAAAAGUUGUUGCCGAUUUAACAGAAAAGGGCUAUUUUAACACUGAAGUGGAAAAAAGAACAGUUCUUCAGUUGAUUAAAUUUCUUUUAAAAUUCACAAAGGGCUACAACAAGAUUAUUAUUUUUGGUAUUUUGGGCGGAACUAUUGCUGGUGUCGGCUAUCCUAUAAUGGCUUUUCUCUUUGGGAAAAUUCUAAAUAGUGUGAUGGUCACCCCCGACCAGUAUCCCCAAAUGCGACAUAAUGUGAAUGUUUACGCAGGGUAUUGUGUUUUGCUUGGAGGUAUCGAGUUAAUUGUUACUUUCAUUCUUUAUGGAACUAUGACAUACCAUACACAAGUUUUGGUCAGAGGUAUUAGAAUAAAGGUUUUUGAACAUUACCUUAAAAUGGAUAUUGCCUUUUUUGAUAAAGAUGAGAACUCCACUGGUGCUUUAACUUCUACGCUUUCCAAGGAUGGUCAAAAUGUUGAGGGUUUUGGUGGUGUUACACUUUCCCAGAUUCUAAACAGUUUGGUCAUUUUGAUUAGUGGUAUAAUCAUGUCUAUUGUCAUCAAUUGGCGUCUUGGUUUAGUAUGUACUGCUUGUGUUCCUCUUCUUGUCGGGUGCGGGUUUCUUCGCGUUUUUAUUUUGCUCCGCUUGGAGGAGAGAGCCAAAAAGACUUAUGAAGAAUCGGGACAAUAUGCAUGCGAAAGUGUCAGUGCCGUCCGUACCGUGGCAUCUUUGACGAAAGAAGAUCAUGUUUGCCAGAUAUACUCUCAAACUGUUGAAUCCCAGCUUUCCAAUUCGAGAUCUACUAUGCUGCGGUCUGCCAUUCUUUUUGGGCUUUCAGAUGGUCUCUCCCCAGGUAUCAUGGGUCUUGGGUUCUGGUAUGGUGCAACACUAAUUAGAAAGGGUCAAAGUAAUCCUUAUAUGUUUUUCACAGCUUUUAUUGCUGUUAUUUUUGGUGCUCAAAGUGCUGGAAAUAUUUUUUCGUAUUCUUCAAGUAUUGGUAAAGCACAGCAAGCUUCUCAAAACAUUGCGGAGAUUUUGGACGUUCAACCAAAAAUUGAUCCAACCUCCACAGAAGGCGAUGUUUUGGAAAAUAUUGUAGGUGACAUUGAAUUCAAAAAUGUUCACUUUAGAUAUCCAUCACGUCUACAUGUCCCUGUUUUACGGGGCCUUAACAUUACAGUUAAACGCGGUCAAUACGUUGCGCUUGUCGGAUCUUCUGGGUGUGGUAAAAGUACCACAGUUAGUUUGCUGGAACGAUUUUAUCAUCCUCUUGCAGGUCAAAUUCUACUUGAUGGGGUUGAUAUUACUACCCUUAAUAUUAAGAAAUACCGUGAACACAUUGGUCUGGUUCAGCAAGAGCCUGUGCUUUUUAGCGGUACAAUCCGAGAAAAUAUUUUGCUUGGAUUGGAUGAAGAACAAGCUGCCAUUGUUCCUGAAGAAGAGCUAUACAAUGCUGCCAAAAAGGCAAACAUUCACGACUUUAUCAUGUCACUUCCUCAGGGAUAUGAAACAGAUACUGGCACCAAGGGAACUCUCCUUUCAGGAGGUCAGAAACAGCGCAUUGCCAUUGCCCGCGCUAUGAUACGUAAUCCCAAAGUGCUUCUUCUUGAUGAAGCUACCUCGGCUUUAGACAGUGAGUCUGAAAAGGUGGUGCAAACGGCGUUAGAUGAAGCUGCAAAGGGAAGAACAACAAUUGCAGUGGCACAUAGACUCUCGACGAUUCAAAAUGCAGAUAUUAUUUAUCUCAUUGACAAGGGCUGUGUCGCAGAAUCUGGAACUCAUAGCGAACUAAUUGAGCUCGAAGGUUUGUAUUAUCAGCUUGUCAAGAUGCAGGAUCUUGAGAAGACUGGGUAA